AUGGAUUCAAGCGUAUCAGCGGACCGAGCUCAGAUGUACGGCGGUGGCUCAGGAUACAACGCCGAUAUGGCAAGCAGUCAGAGCAGCUUGGGAAGCUCUUCGAGACAAGAUGGGAGUGAAGAUAUGAGGGAGAACCCGAGUUUGACGCCGCGGAGUAACGGGCCCUUAUCGGCGGGUCCGUCUCCCUCUUCCAACCAAAACAGGAACCCUGCCUCGGCGGUCGGUACGCCGACCGCGUCCUCGUCCUCGGCUCAUCUUUCCGGCCUCAUGUGCAAUGUCCAUCGGACAACCGGUAGAGAGCCUCACCCGCUGGUUGGCGCCACGACCACCAUACUAGGGGACAAGCUCUAUGUCUUUGGUGGGAGAAUACUGUCACGGAGUCGUCCGGCUCCGCUGACGUCCGAUCUCUACGAGCUAGAUCUUAUUCGCAGACAUUGGUCGAAGCUGGAAACCACAGGCGACAUUCCACCCCCUCGAUACUUCCACUCCAUGUGCGCGCUAGGAGACACCAAGAUGGUAUGCUACGGAGGCAUGUCCCCAACGCCGAACCAGUCCGCCGCCGGCCCGGAUCAACAGCCCGAAGUUACGGUCAUGUCGGACAUUUACGUAUACGACGUUCCAUCCCGCAAAUGGACCUAUAUCUCAACGCAGGAUCCGCCCCAAGGCCGCUACGCGCAUUGCGCCUGUAUCCUGCCUUCCUCGGCCGCCUUUACAUCACACAAGGCACCGUUGUCGGCUCUACAGCACAACCCAUCAUCCGGAAACCCGAACGAAGGAAGGAUAGGAAUCAAUAUUGACGGUACGGGUGGUGCUGAAAUGGUCGUCGUCGGCGGCCAAGACGGCGCCAACCACUACAUCGAGCAAAUCAGCGUCUUCAAUCUCCGCAGCCUCAAAUGGACGGCGAUCGAACCUCUCGAUAAAAGUUGCGGCGCAUACAGAAGCGUGGUGGCGCCUUUACCUCCCUCCGUAUCAGCGCGGAUUGGCAAGUCUAGUGUCAACGGCUUCCAGAGAGAGGGUGGGAUCAGUCAGGAAGCCCGGGAACCCGGGUCCUCUAUGCUCAUUUACUCCAACUACAAUUUCCUGGAUGUCAAGCUCGAGUUACAAGUCAGAUCAUCGGACGGCACCCUUACGGAGAAACCCAUGUCGGGGUCUUACUCGCCCCCAGGUUUGCGAUUCCCUAACGGCGGCGUCAUCGACACGUAUUUUGUGGUGAGCGGCACGUAUCUCACUUCUUCGAAGCAAGAGUAUGCGCUAUGGGCUUUGGAUCUGAAGACCUUGACUUGGUCGCGAAUCGACGCUGGAGGCGCUGUUUUCAGUCAGGGCAGUUGGAACCGCGGUGUACUUUGGAACCGCAGGAACACGUUUGUUAUUCUCGGCAACAGAAAACGCAGUCUCGUCGAUGACUAUAAUCAUCGACGUAUCAACUUUUCCAAUGUUUGCAUGGUUGAGUUGGAAGCAUUUGGAUUCUACGACAACCCGAGAAAGACGACCCCAAUGUCUGGGUUCGUAUCGGCCAGUAGCCCGUAUACUGGACCUGGCCUGAGCCUGGCUAGAAAGGCCGGAACCACGGCAGGAGGACGUUCUCACUCGAGGGCCGCCGAGGAGUUGGGGGAGAAGGCGCUGGCCAUGCGGGAGUUAUCCGACAUGGAUAUUCUUUGCUUACACGGAGAGAGGAUUCCCAUCAACUCGAGGAUGGUGGCACGCCGAUGGGGACCUUAUUUUGUGCAGUUGCUGCGCGAGGGAACAGCGACUCAGGACGGCAGCGAUGCUAUGACGUUGCGUUCCAGUUCUGGGGUCAACAAUCCCAUAAGAAAUUCCGCUUUAACCAUCACGCCAGCCCGUAAUACGGUCGAGAGCUCGGGGUCCAUGACAAGCACCGUCUUGUCGUCGGGAUCGUCUUCCAAAACCCCGAGUACGGCUCCAAGCAGCGCUUCAGCGGCCUCCUUCUCUCUCCCGGGCUCCAGUAGCACCGUUGACGCAAGCACCGUCAACUCGGCUCCGACGCCAAGGUCUCUGCCUCCCAACUCGCGGCCUCGUUGCCUGUACCUCCCGCACACCUAUCUCACUGUACAGGCCCUCCUUCACUUUCUCUACACGUCCUCACUGCCGCCCCCGUCUUCGCCUCUAUGCACACCCCCUAUUUUGUGCUCGCUUCUUCAAAUUGCUCGGCCAUACCGGAUCGAUGGUCUUCUCGAGGCGGUAGUGGAGCGCCUGCACGCCCUGUUGGACUCGAGAAACGCAGCUGCCGUAUUCAAUGCAACCGCAAUGGCUGCCGGCGGCGGCCGUGGUAUAGACGGUUCCCUGAACCCCAACUUUUUCGUGCCCCUGGAUGCCAUGGGCUCGCCCAUGUUUCCCCCCGAAGGGUCUCAGAAUGGCGGCAGCAGUACAGACCUGCAGGGUCUCUCAUCUCGCAAAGCUGCGUUGCGCAUCAAUACCGCCAUGUCUUCGGGCCGGCCUUCCAGCGAUGAGUUAAGCGCUACAACGAGCGUCAGCGGAUCCGAAUGGAGUUCAGAAAUCGGCGACUCGGAGCGGGGGGGUAUGCGCGAAGUCUGGGGCGGCGAGCUUAGCUCCGUCAUUGGCCUGCAGAAGAGAGGCUUGCGGGGUCUUAUGGAGGGCAGAAGAAUGCGUGAGCGCACCGGGACGAACUCCGGCGCCAGCAUGAGCGGAGGAGGUGUGGGGACCUACGGUGGUGGACAGGGCCGAGUAGGACUAGGCAUCGCCGGCUCAUGA